UGAGAAAAAUUUUCACCAGGAAUCGACUCUUCUGCUGGAAGAGCAGUGAAAAGUAUCCGAAGAGUACGAAAAGAAAUUGCUUUAUAUUUUCGGUUACUUAAUAUUCUCUCCCUUUCUAAGCAACUAUCUGCCUCGGAGCUGAUAACUAAGUACACCCUAAUCCUUCAUUAGCCCUCUAAUCGCUUCCUAAACAGUGCACGCACGCACGACAGUGUCACGUGACGUUUCUAGGUGUAUUACCCUUUCUAUGUGUGCGCAAGUUUUUUUACGCGCGCUCGGUCAAUCUCGCAACCUCUUGCGAAAACGUCGAGGGGCUAGGAGAUCGUUUAAAGAGCGAUCUCUCGAUCAGUAUUCGCCGAGUCCCGGCUCGUCGCUUCCGCCACGCAGCUCGCAACCCUCGCAACGCUCGGCCGUGAGGUUAUGUCAUGAUCGUGUCGAUUUUCUGAUCGUUUUCACGCAGCCAAGAGACUAUCGAGGGUCCCUUCCAAGCGCGUCCUCACCCGCUCAUGGGAUUUAUUGACAAUGAGUUGCAAGAGGUAUCACAGCUCUGCCACAAUGUCGUCGACGGAAGCCGCCUCGUCUCUUGCGUGCGGAGCAUGGUCCGCGUCGAAAUAACAAAGACGCCGUUCAAGCAACUCGUCGUGUGCAUCCAGUUCCGAGAGGACUACCCCGCGUCGCCGCUGUUUAUCGAGUUGAAGAGCAAAACUCUGUCCGCCAGGCUGCUCGAUGGACUAGCAGAGGUCUGCGAAAAAGAGUGCAAGCGUUUCCUCAACGAGGCGCAGAUCUUGCCGGUGUUGAAGUUCAUCAGGAAUUUUGUCGAGGAUAAUCCUCUCAUUUGCUGCUACGAGGAAAUAUCAACGCUGAAGAGACUUUUAGAGGAUAGGGAUGAGUUGAAGCUGAAGCAGAAGAAUUCUUCCAUUAAUCUAACGCUACACCAAAGUUCGUAUCACUUUAAGACUAAGCUUGAGGUGCCGGAUAAUUAUCCCAUCAGUUGUGUGACGUUCAGCGAUGUCGACACAAACUUUCCACCGCUGUUCAAUCGCUAUCUAGUUGGACAAGGAAGGGAAUUGGCAAGACAAUGCGUCGAGCCACCGUCGAGAAAACAGCAAAAGCCGUUCGCGCCAUCGCCAUCAUUAAACACAGUUGUUUCUUUUCUCAUAAAGAGUGUGAAAGCCUUUCCGCAGGAACCCUGUCAACACUGCAAAGUAACGUGCUUGCCAACAAACCCGGAAGAGGUAGUGACCGACGAAAACGCGGAUUUCCAUGCCGAGAGACUUUACUGUGGCCAUCUCUUCCAUUUGAAAUGUCUCGUGACAUACAUGAAGACUCCGCCAUUCCAUGGGGGUAAGAAAUGUCCGAGUUGCGGUCAACGUGUCUAUCAUGACAAAUGGGGAUUAUCUGACAAGCUGGCGGAAGACCGUUGGGCUCAUCAAGAGGCACGAAUGAGAGAAUUGGCGGAAGUUGAAGAGUUUUUCAACUAGGAUACCCGUGUCGUGCAAACUCGUGGAAUGAGCUUCAUGAUAAAACUUAAUGAAAGUACAAUAUAAUAAAUAGAAAGUUAUGUAAAAUCAUGACAACUGACAUGGCAACUGAUUUUGAGUAAAAGUGAAACGCACACUAAGAUUGAAAAAAUGGUCUUCGGAACGUCACUUUUUCACAAUAACAUGUAAAAGAUUUCUAUGUCGAAUGUUCUUUUAAAUACAGGGAUUUUAAGAACUGAAGGUGAACAAUCUGUUUUGGCGAAUGUCAUCAGGUUGGAGUUGUCUGAUCUUGAAUAAUUAGUGUCACAAAGGAACAAAUUCGACUGAAAUAAUGUUGGAAACUUUUAACGUCACUGCUACUUUUAUCACCACUGACACUUUUUCAUAAACUUGUGUGAUAUUUAUCAUAUUCGCAAGAAAAGAGACAAGUAAUAUUUUUAAAAAUUCUGAAGAAAAAAUAUUUUUAAAAAUAUGUUUAUCCGAGAUAAAAGUACUUGUCUGUUUCUAAAUGUAAAAAAUUAAUAUUUUUGAAUCAAGAAAUCAAAGAACAGAGUAUGAUUAUACGAUGAAUGGGCAUUAACUAAGGGCUUAAUCCAUAAGAAUGUCUCUUUAGUGGAUAUAUCAAGAUUAUUUUUAUAUUUGUAAUUGUUUUAUGUGAAAAUAUUUAUACAUAUGCAGGUGUUAUGAAUUAUUUUCCCUUUAAUGUACCAAAAUUGUUCAGGAUUAUCUAUCUAUUUAUCAGUUUUAUGAUAUUUUAUCAAAUUAUGUAAUAGAGAUGAAAUUUUCUUUAGGGAGAAUACAUAUUCUUUUUUAUUAGGAAAUUCCGUUUUUGAACGAUACGAUUAGACACGCAAUAAUUUUAACAAUAAAAACGUUAAAAAACCCGGAUAUCAGGAAAUAAUCUAUAUAUAAUUGUUUUAAAAGUAAUAAAAAUAUUUUCUUUUAAUCACGAUUGGGACGAAAGAAAAUUUUUACAUCGAUAAAGACCGGAUAAAGUAGUUUAAGAACUCUACCUCCCUAGAUUAUCGGUAUAUAAGAAAAAAAUAUCUGUAAUAGACUUAUUUAUAAUUUUCAACGAUUAGACACGCUUAAACAUUGCGAAGAAUUCUCUGUUGGACCAAAUGUAAGAAUUAGGAACGACUAAACUUCAAAAUAAAUUGAAGAGAGAGAUAAUAAUUUAUCUUGUACAUUAAGCAUUGUAAACAUAGUACACAUUUCAUCUCGUAACAAUCUCACAUUGAUGUGAGUCGACUCGUUCGGUGAUGCGCGUAAUUGUAAUAUGCAAAAAAAAUUAUCUCUGAAUACGAUGGUCGGUACGGGGUGCAGUCUCGCGUGUAUGCACGAAUAGUUGUGACCGUGUUCGUGACGUAUUGAUCCUCGGUACCGUCUAUAGUGAUAUUUUCUCCGUCUCCCUUUCUCUCCGGCCUCUCGUACGGGUACGUUUUUGUUUAUUCUGCCCUGCGUUUACUUUGCCACCCCUUCCCUAACGGCUGGUGUUCCUUACGCGUUCAUUAUGGGACAAUACCGCUGAAUACGCACAUGAUAUAUCAGGGAAGCGCGAGAAAAAGAAGAGAAGGCGUUACGACACAGCUGACAAGCUACUGUCAUAAAAAUUAUUCCAGACUGCUUAUCAUCGAUUUUAAUUACUUUAGAAUAUUCGAUAGACCAGCUGAAAAUAAAGGGCACAUAUUUGUUUGUAUAUGUGCCCUUAAUGCAAAGUAAUUUAAGGGUUAAAAAGGCUCUUCGUUAAUUACCUCGAUGUGUUUCAACCGAAUAUUGAUAAAAUUUUUGUGAAAAAUAAUUCAAAUAAAAAAUGUGUGUUAUAUUGGAAA